GCACAGGUGACCCUGACGCGGAAUAAUCGUUGUUUAACCGUUAGGAAUUUUGGACGUCAUGGCCAGAAGAGGUUCUAGUCCUUCGAAAGCUCCAUCGCGUCCUCGUGCUACUCUACCGGCCCGUGCACCUCCAUCUUCUGUAGCUCAUCCUCCAGCACAAUCGCAACAGCCAAGUAUCCUAAGGGAAGUGGCAACUACAGCUGGAGGUGUGGCUAUUGGCUCAGUUGUUGGUCACGCUAUCACUGGAGCAUUGUCAGGUGGAGCUAGUAGCAACCCUGCACAACCUGCCUCAACAUCUCCACUCUCUGAUCAGCACCAAUCUCCAUGUCAAUAUCAACUCGAUGAACUUAUUCGAUGCACUCAAUCUCAAAGUGAUAUAAGCGCAUGUAGUGCCUUCUCCGAAGCUCUAAAGGAGUGCAGUCGCCAAUAUGGGUUAUAUCGUUAGUUAUAUUCGUGACGUAGAUGUGCUUAUGUACGCAACUUAUUAGUUUAACUCAAAGUAGAGUCAUUUUGGUUUGAAUCGUUUUCAGUUUCCGGUUAAUAAUAAAUUGCCCUUUCGCCAUUCCUAGACCUUUUUGUGUAUCCUACUUGCAAUACGCCUGACGUUUAAUUACACGCUAGUUUGUCAAGUAUAAAUCCAACUGACGUUUUCUAGACGUAAUACAAUAAUACAUUUUUUCCUUAUUACCCUUCA